AUGUCCGCGCCAAAGCCCGCUCGUAUCGGGCCUCCCCGGCCUAAGGCCCCAAUUGGCCGCUUGGCCAGCAUUAAGCCAGGUGCAAACUCGAUUAAUCGUGGCCAGUCAAUUGGACGUAGCCAUCCUCCACGACCGAAAACACAUCCAAAAACAACGAACUGUCCAAAUCCAGGUUGUCCUGCUCCACAUAUUGUCGAAGAAGAUGGACAGAAGCUCUGUACCGGAUGUGGUACCGUCAUUGCCGAAACGAACAUCGUGUCAGAAGUGACUUUCGGUGAAUCUUCCUCUGGUGCCGCUGUCGUUCAAGGUACUUUCGUCGGAGAAGGUCAAAGUCAUACCCGAAGCUUUGGUCCCGGCUUCCAACGAGGCGGUGGCAUGGAAAGUCGAGAGUUGACAGAAGCAAACGGUAAUACAUACAUCUCUCAGCUUGCGCGACCUUUGAUCAUCCCUGAAAGUGCUACCAAGGCUGCUGGUCAAGUUUUCAAGCUUGCUGUCGGACUUAAUUUCAUUCAAGGUCGUCGGACCAAGACCGUGGCAGCAGUUUGCCUUUACAUCGCCUGUCGCCGGACGACUGGUAAUACAGUCAUGCUGAUUGAUUUUGCAGAUAUUUUGAUGAUUAAUGUUUUUAAACUUGGUCGAACCUAUAAAGCUCUCCUUGAUGAGCUUCGACUAGGUGGCAACGUCUUCAUGGUCAACGCAAUUGACCCAGAAAGCUUGAUCUAUCGAUUCGCCAAGCAAAUGGACUUCGGUCCGGCUAACAUGCGGGUUGCUGGUGAGGCUUGCCGUAUUGUCCAACGGAUGAGCCGCGACUGGUUGGCUACGGGUCGACGGCCAGCUGGUGUCUGUGCCGCAGCUCUGAUCCUGGCAGCACGCAUGAACAAUUUCCGGCGAACAACCCGUGAACUCGUUUACACCGUCAAAGUGACCGAGAUCACCAUCAAUCAACGCCUGAACGAAUUCAGUCAGACAGAGAGCGGUGACCUCACUGUAGAACAAUUCCGUUCCGUGCAACUUGAGAACGCGCAUGAUCCUCCAGCCUUCACUCGAGCGAGGGAGGGGCACAAAUCCAGUCGCUCUAUGAAGAAGUUAACAGGAGCAGCAACCGAAAGCAAUGACGAUAUGGCAAGUGAGGCUGGCUCGGUACAGCCUAGGCGCAUUGAUGCAGAUGGUUUUGCAAUUCCAGACCUCCCGAUUGAUCCAGCUUUGACGGAUUCCACUUCUCGGCGAGCAUCUAUUGGCAAGGCAGCGGACCGAAUUCCUGAGGACAGCAAGUCAGAAAUGGCCAAGGACCCACUUCGACCGUCUAUUCUCGCCAAUCCCACACCGGAAGAACUUGCAUCUGAAGAUGCAUUAGAGGCCGAGAUUCAAAAGAUGGUCCAAACGGGGUCGGACAUGGUCAAAGUUAUUGCAGAGCAAAAGAGCGCUGUUUCUGACAGCGUUGACAUUGAGGAUCACGAAUUUGAUGACGACCCGGAAGUCAGACACUGCCUGCUCACCCCAGCCGAAAUCGACAUUAAAGAGCGCAUCUGGGUCACCGAAAACAAAGAUUACCUUCGCACGCAACAAGAAAAGCAACUCAAACGCGCACUUGCCGAGGCCACCGGUGGUGGAACAACUCGCAAGCCUCGCAAACGCCGAAAGACCCGUAUGGGUGAUGUCACCUAUCUUGAGGGUGAAGACGGUGAGCAUGGCUCUCGUGCAUCAACCCCGGCUGAGGCCACACGACGGAUGUUGGAAGUGCGCGGGUACAGUAAAAAGAUCAAUUACUCCCUGCUUGACAACCUUUACAGUGGUGAGAAGGAAAGCGAUGCUGCGGAAACCAAGCAGGAAACUCUUAGCCGAAGCCGCAGUCGCAGUCGCAGUAUGAGCGUCGCAUCCCGCCAAAGCCUUCCUCCUGCAGCCACACCUGGUCGGCGCCGCAGAAAGGCCGCUACCCCUGCUCCAGUAUCGCCUCCUAAGCGUGCUGCUGUGUCUGCCCCAAAGCCUGUUCCCGUAUCGGCCCCUAAAUCUGCUCCUACGUCCGCCCCUGAAUCCGUUCCUCAUCCGACUCCUCCUCCUACAGCUCCGGAGGCUACAAAGAAAGACCUUGGUCCUGAGGAUGAGCCUGCAAGCGACCUAAAGGAUCCCGAUGAAUUGGAUGAGAACGACGAUGAUUAUUAUGCAGAUGAUCAUAUUGACGAAGCCUUCGCAGGAACGUACGGCGACGAUUACUACGACGUGAGCGACUCGGAUUAG